AUGACGACCGUCUCGCCAUUUGCACGCAGCAGUGUUUUUGAUGAGCCCCGACUGGGUGGCCGCGAACAGACUAUCGAGGAAAUGUAUAGUGUGCCGGAGAGUUUCUUAGAAAUCGAAGUCCGCAACCCACAGACUCAUGGCUUCGGGCGGAAGAUGUACACCGAUUAUGAGAUUACUAACAUUCCUGCCUUCAAAUUGCGUCAUUCCGUUGUGCGCCGGAGAUAUUCCGACUUCGAGGCUUUUCGCGAUAUCUUGGAACAUGAAUCAACGCGAGUCAACAUUCCCGCCCUACCUGGCAAAGUCUUCACCAACCGAUUCUCAGACGAAGUCAUUGAGUCCAGGCGCGAGGGUUUGGAGCGCUUUUUGACGGUGGUUGCAGGACAUCCUCUAUUACAGACUGGAAGUAAGGUCCUAUGUGCAUUCUUGCAGGAUCCUGCUUGGGACAAGGGCCAGUGGUCUUGA